GCCUAUAUUCAAUAGAGUAAUCUCCCUUUGCACAAAUAUUGCAAAUGGCGGCGUCUGUAGCAACGACAUUUUGCACAUAAACUGCUUCAAAACAUCUCUGACAGUGUGCUUGGUUUGACGAAGUGCAGGGGAGUUGCCAUGUAGUGUUCUGGAAGGCAAAAUGUUGAAGCAAGGAGUAGUUCAGGAAAAGCUUUCCGAUUUAACAUCUAUGAAUCAGUUACCACCCCUCGGGACACUGCCACAAUGGUCUCGUGUGAACACCUUGAACAGGGGAGGAUAUCCAAAACCGUUCACAAAAGAUAAACUUGCUCCUGUACCAGACAAGUCUGGUGAGGAAAGCGAUGAGCGUCAAAUUAACCUGUCUGAGCUGAAUCCCACUCAGCGCAUUCAGCAUUUAGAGCGCUCCAUCAUUUUCCUGAAGCAGCAACAUGCUGAGGUGCUAAAAUCACUCCAUGAUGAGAUAGAUAAUCUUAAAACAGAAAAUAAGGAUCUGCAGUUCAAAAUUGUGAUGAGUCAAAAGCAGCAGCAUCAUCAUCAUCAACAGCACAAUGGUGGGGAGGGCAAUGUGAGCGCCAGUAGCAGGAGAAGCAGGACUGGCAAGGAGGGUCGCUACCUUGAGAAAGAAGAUAAACUGGAUGAGUUGAAGAUCAUUUUCCUGGAGGAGGAGAUCAAGGAGUUGAAGCAUGCCCUUCGUGAGGCAAGGAACCGUAACUCCUACCUCACUCAGCUUGUGGAACAGAGUGAGGAGGUCAAGAAGAAACAGGCUCACACAAUAGACACAAUGAAGGUACAGCUCUCUCAGGGCAAUGCGGCCCACCUUGCUGAGCAGAUCACGUCCGGUACUAGUCUCUUCAACCUGCCAGGUGGCCGCCAGCCCACGCUGCCCGAGUGUGAGGCUAUCAUACGGCGUCUGCAGCAGAUCAACGAGCAGCAGCAACACGAGCUUGAAAACCUGAAAUCAGAUUUACGUGAUGUCCUGUACUCCCACAAGUGGACACCGGAUGCCUACCUGCUUGCCAAGGCCUAUGUUGCCGAGGAGGAGAGUACUGGAAAGGAAGGGGCUGACAAGUCCCUUCCAAAAUUGACCAUGAAGAAUCCCACGCGGAAACUUCCUGAGAUCGCGUACAUUCAACGUGACAGCGUAAACCUGCCAGCUCUCAAGCAGACGGUCAGCAACCAGGCCAUGGAGCGCAAGAAGCGCACACAGAUCCUGCAGAAAGCGCGCUUGAAAAAAGAGAUUCUACCUUAGUAUUCUGAGUCACGAGUGGUUUUCAUUUUUUCGAACACCAUUGUUUAGUUUCCUAACUUUGAUGGUAUAGUAUGACUUGACAUGUACAAGUAAACAUGUGCAUUUUUGUUUUAAUUGAUGCCUUCUAGAAAGGUAUAAUAUAAUUGUUGUCAAUGUAUGUUUGCUUUUAAUGGUCGGUUUCCGUUUAUGUUACCAUGUUUAUUUGUUGUAGUGUGUUAAAUUUACAAUUGCAAAAGCUUGUUAGUAGAAGUGUAAGUACAAGCACUAGGUUUUGAUGUAGUCUAUUAUGCACAGUGUGGUCACCACAUCUGGCCUUGUGACUAUGAAAGUAUGGCUUUCAAAUAUCAAACAGUCAGAUUUUCAUCUGAUAUAAAACAAUCAUUUUCAUUGGCCGUUUUUUUAUAAUUAUUCCUGGUAUAUAUGAUCAAUAUAACUACAAAAUUAAGCAGUGAAUGUGUAUGGCCUUAAUGAACAAUAAUUUUUUUUUAUUAAAUGGCUCGAGUUGCAAAACUUGAAGAGUGAUUUCACCUGAAACGUUUCAUUUGACUGCACAUUUUACUACAACAGUUUACUGUUAACUAACCUGAGAAAAUAAAACAAUAUUGUGAUAAUCAUUUAAUGCUUUUUGUCACAGUUGUUAAAUCAAUUAAUUAUUGAAAUUAUUAUUUCCCCUUAAUCGACAUGGUGAAACCAUUUAGUCAUUUGAUGCCUGCAUUAAUUUGUAUGUUUUAAAUGUUUUACUUGAUGUUUUAUGUACAUUUCACAGAAGUUAUAAUGAGCCAAAAACAUUAACUGCAAUUUGCGGUAAUUUGCUUUUAAACUAUUGAAGCGCAAUGUUUCGACUUAAAAUAUUUCAAUUAAAAAUGCUUGUUGAAUAUCAAAAGAUUCAAGUUAUUAGCUGUUUGACAUGGUGGAUCAAAACAUUCUUAAAAAUAAAGAAUAUACAAUUGUCAGUGUGUGUUAAAUACAACUUGUGUUUAUGCUUUGAUGUUGGGGGAUCUGAUUUGUCAUUAUAGUCAGUGGUCAGAUUAAUAUCACAUAUUUGAAAGUGUUCAUUCACUAUGUUUAACAAUGUCACAUUUUGAUUCUAUGAAUUUAUUUCAUGUUUAACAAUCAUUGCUUACUGUAUAUACAUUUCCGCUGCAAAAACAACAAUAAACCAACUAAAUAGGUUUGCACUGUACUGCUCGCUGAUUUAGUUCUUUGUUAGCUUUAAUGAUGAGUUAUUAAGCAUUUUAGAAUUUAGAAAAACAAAUACAUCGUUGUGUAUAUAUUAUCUGAAUUGCAUGGCAAAACAUAAUCUUUUAGCACACAAAAAGGUUCACAAUGUGAAUGAAUGUACAUGUAUAUAUUUAUAAUAAAGUACUUCUGACAUUUAUUAUGUUUCCAUCUCUGCAGUUAACAUCAGUGUCUGAUAUUAAAAUAGUAGACAUGUCAUCAGUUUUAUAUGUGUGAUUUUAAGGGCAUUAAAAAGCCAUAUGCAAUUCUUUAACAUUAUAAUCCAUCAGAUUGUACAUGUCACAUAUUUGGUGUAGUUCCCAUAAAUUGCAGAUCAAUAAGAUAAGCCUUUGUACCAUAUUGAACGUGUCCAAUCGUAUAGCAAUAUCAUUGAGAUGUGCUGAAUACACAAGGGUGCUCUAUGCAGUGUAGAGAUAUCUAAAUGUAGAUGUCGAUUUGUACAUAAUUUUGUCUUUUGUCUUGUAUCUUCCUUCUUCUUAAUCAGAGAGUAUAUUAGGUUGUCAAAGAGACAGCCUUUUAACAAUGCAUUUGCUUUAAAGCUUAUUACUUAUUAACAGUUAAUUUUCAUUAAGUGUUAUUAAAGAGUUAACGCUUUCGAAACAUUUUCUGCAAAUCUAUUCUCAUUACAGUUAUUUUCCUUUGUUAAGUAAUCUUAUCUUCUAACUGUACUUGAAUUCUUAUCUUCUUAAGUAAAACAAACAAUGAAAGUCAAUUCAUAAGCCGUUUUUUUUUCUCACUCGUUCUGGAUGUUGUAGUCCUAUAUUAUUCUGUAAUAUUAUAAUGUUCUUAUCUUAAUUCAACAUUUGCAUGUGACCUUUAAAAUUGAUGAGAAUACAGUCUUUGAUUUACCAUGUAUUGAUUCUAAUAGUUGCAUUUUAGUCAAUUUGUUGUAAUUUUGACCAAAGGGUUUACCAUUAAAGAUCUCCCAAGACACA